AAUAUGAAACAAAGAAAACGCAAAAUUUCUACAGAAAUGAGACACGAGAGGUUAUUAACUGGAGGUGGACCUCCUAUGAAAAAAUCAGUAGACCCAGUGUUAGAAUUUGUUGACAUCAUAGCACCAAAUGCAGAUGUCCAACUGGAAUGUUCAUGGGAUAGUACUAGUGUAUUUGAAGCUAAAAAUCUAAUGUCAUGUGUUGAACCAAAUACAAAAAGUAAUACUGCUAAUAAAGAAAAUAUUGAUGAGAUUCAGAUAACAAAUAUAAGACAUAAUGAGACACCACCUACCACAUCAUCGACACCUACUAGAAAAAUUGAAAAAGUAAAGAGAUUACAAAAAUCUUGUCAACGUUGUGUAUGUGAAGAAGAAACCAAGUUAAGAAUUCAAAAGUUAAAAGAAUCUAUCGAACAGCAAAGGGAACUGCACGAAAAGCGCAUGAAAGUGGCUGAGGAAGAAGUCAAAUUAGCUAUUCUCAAAACACUUCUUGCAGAACACAAUGUUCAGAAUUAAUUUGUUACAUAAAUAAUUCUUUUGUGGUAUACCAAGUUUU